AUGGCGCCUCUUGUCCCAUCGCAAGGGGAGCUGCAGCGCCGCCGUAUCAUCGGCAUCAACGCAGAGACUGUCACCAACAUCCCCUCCACCGACUUCCCUGGUCACUGGCCUGGAGAAUCGCACGGCUGGGCGCUUGACCAAUUCAAGGAUAACUUCAAAGUCGAAUACCACCGCAAUGACCCAUACGAAGCUUCGUUCUCGCUAAUUGGACUCGACGCCGCGGUCGCCAAUGCCUUCCGCCGUAUUCUCAUGGCUGAGAUCCCUACCCUGGCUAUUGAAUAUGUUUUCGUUCAGAACAACACCUCGGUGAUCCAAGACGAGGUCCUCGCAUCUCGUCUGGGUCUGAUUCCACUUAAGGGUUCGGUCGAGGGUAUCAACUGGAUGCACUGGUAUCGCAAGCCCUCAGAGGAUGAUGACGGCCCCGCUCCUCCGGGUCCCAGCGAUUUCAACACCGUUGUCAUGCACCUUAUCGUCGAGUGCACGAAGAACCCCGCCGCUGCCGACGACGAGACCGACCCGCGCAAGCUCUACCACAACGCCCAUGUCUAUGCUAAGGAUAUCACAUUCGCCCCGGUUGGUCGCCAGGAGGAGUUUUUCACUGGCGAGGGUGCUAUUCAGCCUGUCAACCCGGAUAUUCUGAUCGCCAAGCUGCGCCCCGGUCAGAAGAUCGACCUUGAAAUGCACUGUAUCAAGGGCAUUGGUGCCGAUCACGCUAAAUUCUCCCCCGUUGCAACUGCGUCUUACCGUCUGAUGCCGGACAUCAAGAUCGAGCGUCCCAUCAUUGGUGAUGAUGCUAAGAAGUUCGCCAAGUGCUUCCCCAGGGGCGUCAUUGCCCUGGAGCCCGUUACCGCUGAGGAGGCCCGCCGUAAGGGAAGUGGAUACGAGGGUCAUGCUGGAGAGAUGAAGGCUGUUGUUCGGGAUGCCUUCAACGAUACCGUCAGCCGAGAGUGCUUGCGCCACGAGGAGUUCCAGGGCAAGGUCAAGCUUGGUCGCAUUCGGGAUCACUUCAUCUUCAACGUGGAGAGCACUGGCCAGUUCGAGAGCGAUGUUCUCUUCCUGGAGGCCGUGAAGGUCUUGAAGCUGAAGUGCGCCCGGUGGAAGCGCGGUCUGACCGAUUUGAUGGCAUAA